AUGGUCAUCGGCCAACUGUGGGGGGUGGCCACCCAGACGGGCGCGUCUCUCUCUCGCACCGCUCAGCGCCCCGUUAAGUCUAUCCUCUUCUACUUCUGCGCGGGUGGACGCAGGUCGUUGCGUCCCUUUUCAACGUAUGCGUUCAACUAUCGCCGUCCCGCUUCCGAGCAGGUUACCGAUUACGGCGGUCGUGUUGAGUUGCUCGUUAUCGCCAGGCGUCGUAAGAGGUCCAGUGCCUUGGAAGCAAUCGCGCGGCGGCUGGCAUUGAUAAAGACAGAUGUUUCCUUUAUUGCCUCCGAUAGUGUAAGCAGUGGCGUA